UAUAAUGAAAUAAUGCAAAAGGAUAAUGAAAUAAUGCAAAAGAAUGCUGUAAUUGAGCAGAAAGAAGAGGAUAUACAAAAACAAAAACAAGAAAUUGAAUCACUUGAAAAUCAGCUUGAAGAGGCUACAAUAUUUAUUAUAGAGGAAGCACAACAAUUAAUUACAAAGUUUUCAGAGAGAAUAGCAGAUCAUUGCAAAUUAACCGAUGAAAUUUUAACUGUUAUCCUUUGCAAAGGAUAG